AUGUCGUCGUGCCACCAAUCCUGUACUACGUGUGAUGGUCAAGACGAUGCCUCAUGUACGUCGUGCAAUAGUACGUCUUUCUUGGCAGUUCAAGGUAAUGACAGGGGAUAUUGUAUCUCUUGUAGUACUGAAGUGCCAGUUCAUGGAUACGCUGGUAUAAGAGGAUGCUCUCGCUGCAUGUUACCCUCUUCCACUGAUACAGCCCCUGUAUGUCUAGAUUGUUCUGAGUAUGAUUAUAUGGUUAGCAUUAAUGGAAGAUCGUGCGUGGCCUCCUGUGGAAUCGGUGCAUCGUCCAAUUACUAUACUAGACAGUGUACGUGCAUCGCUGGAUAUGGACUAGACCAAGGCAACAGAGCACAAGGGUGUAUCCUUUGCAAGGUCAGCAGCUGCGCUCUUUGCACCGAUAACGCUGACAUUUGCAACGCGUGCGAAAUACCAUUUGGUCUUUCCCUAGAUGGGAGGAACUGUCUAGAAGUGGGCGGUUGUCCAGCAAAUUGUGUUUGCGAGAACAACGGAACUGAUUCUGGAGCCACUUGCGUUUUGUGUGAGAAAAGAUACUUUCUACAGCCGGCACGCAGAAUAUGUUUGCACAGCUGCCCCAUCGGCUAUGCAGCAAAUCCUAUCACAAAUACAUGCGAUCUCUGUCCAGCAAAUUGUUACUCUUGUGAACGAGCAAUCGAAGAUCAGUGUACCUCCUGUGUUGACGGAUAUUUCAUAUAUAGGACUGAUUCUAACGUGCUCACUAUGGGUCGUUGUGUUCCAGAGUGCGCCGAAGCCGCCGUAGGACCGUGCGUGGAAUGUCAUGCUAUCCUGGGAUCGGCAAGGUAUUGCUCUAGGUGCAGCCAGGGCUUCUUUCCUCUCGAUGGGAGGUGCGUUUCUACUUCAGGUCAGCAGAUCUCUGCAUGUGCUCAAACAGACAAAGGUCUCUGCCUUAAAUGUGCCCUGGGGUACUUUCUGCAUCAAGGAGGGUGUUAUAGUUCAUUAUAUGCCCCGGGAAAACUAGUAUGCGCCGCCGCAGAGCGAAUAGAUCCUGCCGCCUAUGGGACUUGUCGAGCUUGUACGUGUGGCUACCAUCGGACUAGUGACGGCGGGUGCAUUAAGUGUACCAUGACUGGCUGCUUUGCUUGUCCAUCAAGUCCGGACAUAUGUACUUUCUGCUCUAACGGAUACUACUCCACGCAAGUUUCAGUCGACUCUGAGGAGGUGCACUGCAGUCAGUGUGCACCUGGUUGUCUCUCUUGCGAGGAUUCGUCGCCUAGUGGGUGCAAUCUUUGUGCACCAGGAUACUUUUGGACCAGCUCUGUCCAUGGUUGCAUUCGCUGCGAUAAUUCUACUAUCUCGGGACCUCUGAAGGGUAUAAAGGGAUGCAAGCAGUGUCUGGUAUCAUCUUCUGAGACCUCUGUGGUAUGUUUGGAUAAUGAUCCUGAUUCUCCCUUUGCUUUUCCUCCGCUUAGUACUAACAGGACAACGCUUAUUCUAUCGAUCACGUUGCCACUUGCUGUGCUACUUCUUGCUGCUACCGUCAUUACACUAGCAAUCAUACUUGUUAAGAAAAGAAAGACAACAAAGCACGGACUAUCCACCAAUCCAGUUACGCUCACUACUAUGGUCUCUACGUGA